AUGGAGCUUCUCUGCCUCUCAGACAAUCUCCUAGUCCUCGUUUUAGCACUAGUAGUAACAGCAUCCUCCCUCCUUUACCUGUUCACCACUAACCAUGUUCACAGUACCACACCGAAGCCAGCUCUUCUCCCCCCUGAGCCAUAUGGCGGCCUCCCGAUCAUAGGCCACCUCCAUCAGCUCCUCUCCUCCAAGAAGACACUGGCCCGAGCGCUGGCCGACAUGGCGGACAGUCACGGACCCAUCUUCACCAUCCGGCUCGGACUUCUCCGAGCCGUCGUGGUCAGCGAUCCCGAGACCGUCCACGAAUGCUUCGCGGGGGGCCACCUCGACAGGGCUCUGGCGUCUCGUCCCAAGUCCAGCAAUGCAGAGUGCCUGACAUACAACUACGCCGGCCUCGGCGCCGCGCCGUACGGGACAUACUGGCGCGACAUUCGGAAGGUGGCGGUGACUCAGCUGCUGUCCAGCCACCGGCUCAAGUCCCUCCGCCACGUUCAGAUAUCGGAGAUCGACAUGCUGAUGAAGGAAUUGCAUCACGUCAGCCAGAGCCAGAGCCAGAGCCAGAGCAGGGGAGUUGCUGGGAUCAGCGAGUUGCUGGAGCAGCUGGCUUGUAACACGAUUACGAGGUUGAUUGCAGGGAAGAGGUACUUCAAUUACAAGGGUGGGGGUCGAGGGAGCGAGGAAGGGGAGAGGAUUGGAGGGCUGAUUAAGGAGUUUAUGCGCAUCUGCACCGACUUCGUGCCCUCGGAUUUCAUCCCAUUGUUGGGAUGGAUGAAUUGGUUUCCUGGGUCUUUGAAAUCGAUGAAGCGGGUUGCUGCGGAACUGGACAAGGUGUUGCAGGGUUGGAUUGAGGAGCGUAAGCAGCUGAGGAAUGGGACAGGAGGAGCAAGUGGUGGUGAAGAGCAGAGUGCCUUCAUUGAUGUGAUGCUUUCCGCUGUUGGGGAUGAUUUUGCGCACCACUUCUCGCCGGACACAAUCAUCAAAGCCACAUCCCUGGUAAUUAAGUGGUGCAUGCAGACGCUCAUCCUAGGCGGUGUCGACACCACAUCUAUCACCAUGACAUGGAUCAUCUCGAAUCUGUUGAACAACAGACGCGCAAUGGAGCUUGCACAGCAAGAGCUCGACGCCAAAGUCGGCCGCAAUCGGGUGGUGGAGCACUCUGACAUCGACAGCCUCGUCUACCUCCAAGCCAUCGUCAAAGAGACCAUGCGCUUGUACCCGGCCGCGCCGACCGGGCUACCGCACCAGGCAUUGGAGGACUGCACCAUCCAUGGCUACCACGUCCCCAAGGGCGCGCGGGUGUUUGCCAACCUCUGGAAGCUGCACCGAGACCCGAACGUGUGGCACGAUCCCGACGAAUUCAAGCCGGAGAGGUAUCUUGCGGAACAAGUAGAAGACCACGAGAAUGAAAAUUUGGUUGACUUAUUGUCCGCCAAAAACUAUGAGCUGAUCCCAUUUGGGUUGGGGAGAAGGUCGUGCCCUGGAAACGCGUUUGCCUUGCAAGUUGUGCACUUGACUGUAGCAAGGAUCUUGCAGGGUUUCCAAAUCAGCAACGCGACCAUGGUUCCAGUCGAUAUGACUGAAGGGUUAGGAUUGACCAUGCCUAAAGCAACUCCGUUGGAGGUUAAACUCGCACCUCGCCUCCCGCUUUACCUCUAUCAAGUUUGCUAG